UGUCCCUCCCGUCUUGAUCCGACCCCGAAUCGAUCAGGCACCCAGCACUGUCAGAGCUCGGCCUUCAAAUGCCGAUCCCGACGGUGGAGGAACCCGAGCAGACGUGCGCACCAGCACCACCGAAAAAUCCUAAUCCCCUAGGCGCCGCCAGCCACCCAGAGCCCGCUCGAACCCGACAUGGCCGACGACUUGGCAUCGGCGGCACUGACGGCCCAGCUGGCCGUCGCCUCCAUCUCCUCCCCGUCCCCUUCCGACCUCGAACCGCCAACCACUCGCACCAGCAUCCGCACCAUCCUGGACGCCGGCGACUCCCUGGCCGGUCAACGCGUGGUCGUCGGUGGCUGGGUGAAGACCGGCCGCCAGCAGGGCAAGGGCGACUUCGCUUUCCUCGAGGUCAACGACGGAUCCUGCCAGGGGAACCUCCAGCUCAAGGUCGAGAAGAACGUGCACCCGCUCGCCCGACUCAAGAACACGGGCACCUCCGUGCUCGUCGAGGGCGUGCUUCAGAAGCCCCCGGUAGAGGCUAAGCAGCGCAUCGAGUUGGAGGUGAAGUUAGUCAUUGAGGUAGGGGAGGUGGACGCCGCCGCCUACCCGCUGCCCAAGACCAAGCUAAAUCUCGAGACCCUCAGGGACUUCGUCCACCUCCGUGCACGGACCAACACGAUAGGUGCGGUUGCUCGGAUAAGGCAUCAGCUUGCAUAUGCAACCCACAGUUUUUUCAAUGAAAAUGAUUUUUUGUAUAUCCAUACGCCCAUAAUAACCACCAGCGACUGUGAGGGUGCCGGUGAGAUGUUCCAAGUCACUGCCUUAUUCAGCCAGGCUGAAAAGGUUGAGAAGGAGCUUAAGGAGAACCCAGCACCAUCAGAAGCUGAUGUUGAGGCUGCUAAGCUUGUUGUCAAGGGAAAAGGAGAUGCAGUUGCGCAACUUAAAGCAGCAAAAGCUAACAAGCAAGAGAUAACUGCUGCUGUUUCAGAGCUUACAAAGGCGAAAGAUAAUGUCUUAAGGCUGGAAGAAAGGUCAAAGUUGAAAUCUGGUAUUCCGCACAAGGAUGAUGGAACAAUUGCGUUUGAUGAUGACUUCUUCAAGCGUCAAGCCUUUCUGACCGUUUCAGGCCAACUUCAAGCUGAGACUUAUGCUUGUGCUCUCGGUAAGGUCUAUACCUUUGGACCAACAUUCCGGGCAGAGAACUCACAUACAUCAAGACAUUUGGCAGAGUUCUGGAUGGUUGAACCAGAAAUUGCAUUUGCAAACUUGCAUGAUGAUAUGAACUGUGCAGAGAGGUAUGUACAAUACCUCUGCAAAUGGUUACUCAAGCAUUGCAGUGAAGACAUGGAAUUCAUGGUAAAACAUGUGGACAAGACUGCAAUUGAGCGCUUGGAGCUUGUUUCCACUACACCUUUUGAACGCAUUUCAUAUACGAAGGCAGUGGAAAUCUUGAAAGGUACAGAUAAGAAGUUUGAGAACAAGGUUGAAUGGGGAAUUGAUUUAGCGUCUGAGCAUGAGAGGUAUUUGACCGAGAUCAUAUUUAAGAAGCCAGUUAUUGUUUAUAACUACCCAAAAGGAAUUAAGGCAUUCUACAUGAGGCUUAAUGAUGACCAGAAGACAGUGGCUGCAAUGGAUGUACUUGUUCCCAAGGUUGGUGAGUUAAUUGGUGGAAGCCAAAGGGAGGAGCGUUUUGGUGUUCUUAAACAAAGAAUACUUGACGCAGGUCUGUCCCUGGAGCCAUACGAGUGGUACUUGGACCUCAGGCGAUUUGGAUCUGUCAAGCACAGCGGGUUCGGCCUUGGCUUUGAGAGGAUGAUCCUUUUCGCCACUGGUCUCGAGAACAUCAGAGAUGUCAUCCCAUUCCCAAGAUACCCUGGGAGGGCUGAUCUUUGAAUGGGCGACGAUGUCUGCCUCAAAAUAGAAGUGAAACUACACUUCAAAGCCAUUUGAAGGAUUGCCCAUUUUGGUGUUGUAAACACAAUGUGAAAAUCCACUCCAUUGGUGAUUUUGCAGUGUCGGUCACCUUCCGUUUGUCUGUCCCCGCUCCACAAUUAUGUCUAGGUUAGAUCUGUCUCUGAAGUCUAUUGUCCUUGAUUUAUUCACUGUUAGGAUUUAAUUAAUAGGUUAAUUAAAGGGAUAAUUCUCCCUCAUAUAAUUCUCUAUGUCGGUUGGUUUAUCAACAGAUACAACUCUUCCUUGCACCUCUUCGAAUGAACGGGAUCCAUAUUCACGUCCCUUUCCUUUGUA